AUGAGGAGCGGGAAGGCCGCCUGGGCCCUGGAGACCGUCUGGGAGGACAAGCAGAAGUAUGGGGAAGCCGAGCGGAGGUUCUACGAGCACGAGGCCGCAAGAGCCGCCGCCCAGCAGCUCCUGGCCGAGACGCUGGCCAUGAAUGGGCCAGGUCAGGAGGACGAGGCGGACAGCGGCGGCAGGAGCGAGCCCGGGAAGAACCUCGAUGGAAAGAAGCCACUGCAGAAAAAGAGGAAGCGCUCCCCGAAGGGCUGGCUCGGCCAGGCGGACCUGGCCCUUGUGGGCCUCUCGGCUGACCACGUCUGGCUGGACAAGCCGCUCUUCGACCAGGCGGAGAGCUCAUACCGCCAGAGGCUGGCCGAUGUGGCCGCCCAGGCAGCCCAGCGUCCCACCCUGGCCCCUGGGGACCCCUGCACCCACGGGAGCCAGGUGGCUUGCCACCACGUGACCUGGGGCGUCUGGGUCAACAAGUCGUCCUUCGACCAGGCUGAGCGGGCAUUUGUGGAGUGGUCUCAGGCCCUGCUGCUGGCCACAGAGGGGAGCGGUGCUCAGGGGGCUCCCGACACAGGCCAGCGGGCGGCUGCCCUCGACCGGCGCCUUCUCCGCCAGUCCGGUCCACCGGCCAACGGCCAGCCACCGCUGGGCAGCCUGCAGGCGCUGUUGCGAGAGGUGUGGCUGGAGAAACCCCGCUAUGAUGCAGCUGAGAGGGGCUUUUACGAGGCCCUGUUUGACGGCCAUCCGCCUGGGAAGGUGCGCCUGCAGGAGCGAGCCGGCCAGGCAGAGGGUGCCCGGCGGGGCCGCAGAGACCGGCGGGGCCGCAAUGCCGUGGGAAGCAAGCGGCUUGGGCCGCGACGGGCCGACGGGGAGACCGCCUGUGCCCUGCCCUACUGGUACUUCCUGCACAAGGACGCCGAGGCCCCCUGGCUCAGCAAGCCCACCUACGACAGCGCGGAGUGCCGCCACCACGCGGCUGAGGCCCUGCGCAUGGCCUGGCGCCUCGAAGCUGCGUCCCUGGCUCACCGACCCAGUUCCCGGCCAGGCCCGUCCGUUCUCUCUCUUCUCUUCAACAGAAAAAUGGCCACAAACUUUCUCGUGCAUGAGAAGAUCUGGUUUGACAAGUUCAAAUAUGACGAUGCAGAAAGGAAGUUCUACGAGCAGAUGAACGGGCCCAUGGCUGGCUCCUCACGCCAGGAGAAUGGCGCCAGUGUGAUCCUCCGUGACAUUGCGAGAGCCAGAGAAAACAUCCAGAAGUCUCUGGCUGGAAGCGCAGGCCCCGGGACCUCCAGCGGGCCCAGUGGAGACCACAGUGAGCUGGUCACCCGGAUUGCCAGCCUGGAAGUAGAGAACCAGACCCUGCGAGGGGUGGUGCAGGAUCUGCAGCAAGCUGUCUCCAAGCUGGAGGCACGGCUGAGUGCCCUGGAGAAGAGCUCACCUGCCCACCGGGCCACUGCUCCACAGACCCAGCACGUGUCUCCCAUGCGCCAAGUGGAGCCACCCAGCAGGAAGGUGGCCACCGCCACGGAGGACGAUGAGGACGACGACAUUGACCUGUUCGGUAGCGACGAGGAGGAGGACAAGGAGGCUGCCCGGCUGCGUGAGGAGAGGCUGCGGCAGUACGCAGAGAAGAAGGCCAAGAAGCCUGCCCUGGUGGCCAAGUCCUCCAUCCUACUGGAUGUGAAGCCUUGGGAUGAUGAGACAGACAUGGCCCAACUGGAGGCCUGUGUGCGCUCCGUCCAGCUGGACGGGUUGGUCUGGGGGAGCUCCAAGCUGCUGCCCGUGGGCUACGGCAUCCGCAAGCUGCAGAUCCAGUGUGUGGUGGAGGACGACAAGGUGGGGACAGACCAGCUGGAAGAGGAGAUCACCAAGUUCGAGGAGCACGUGCAGAGUGUUGACAUUGCUGCUUUCAACAAGAUCUGA